AUGAGUCGACUCGUUCGUCUUUGCGGCCUUCUGGCUCCACUUUUCCUUAUUUCCACAUUUUCCCCCAUCCCCUCUUCUUGUCACUCAGUGCACAAUGGCGUUUCUGCUACUGAUUACAUGAACCGGUUCAAUAUUCCGGCAAACCACAUCCAGUUGGAGUGGGCCAAAACCGGUUCUGGCUUGCAGUCAGCUGUAUACAAAGGCAAGACGUACAAGUGGCUUCCACGUAACCAGACAGCGGGAGUCAAAGUUGGCUAUGCGACAAUGUGGGAUCGGUCCAGCAAGGGCUACUGCACGCGAAGCGAUGCAGAGGUAGACACCCAGCGCUACUUGGGACAACGGCUCAUGGCUGUGGGGGCCUGCCCUAAUUAUGGGAAGUAUAUCGCAUUCGUCGACAGGUCGGGGAAUCCAGUUGAUGAUGAAGAUCGUUUCACAAAUGAGAUUCAUGGCAACACGAUGCCUUUCUCGACUCAGGGAUGCUCGUCUUCCGCUUCCCGCGGAACAUCUGAAGUGCCCAUGGACAAGUCAGGAUGGAGUAUGUAUUCUGGGUACUUGGUCAAGUGCCCAUUUAACCAGGCUGUCUACCAGAACGACAUGCUGCAGGACGCCGAGUACGAUCCCUCAGCCUGCAGCUUUGUCACGCUAGACAAUCCUCUUGUGUUUCUUGACACCUCACUGCCAGGAACUUCUCUGGCUGAAAAAGCAUAUGCCUUCCACGGAAAGGGAGGGCACCAAGGAUACGAUUUUAUUGGGAACGGUGUCGGCUGUCCUCCCUAUUCCCCUCCUCUGAAGACGCGCUCUAUGAAAUCUCCCACCCUCGCUAACGACCCAUUCUUGUGUUCUCAGUUAUCUCGUUGCACCAGCAUGUGCUGGCCAUGGGAUACGAACAGACCCUGCUACCGCAGCUUACCUGCCUCGUUUAAUCAUUCCACUUCUGAAUGUCUUAUCCUUGGAUACCACACGCAGACGUACAUGGGAAGUAAUUGUGCCGUCAAGACGGCAACAGAUUCUAAUGCCAAGUACUGUGUGAAGGCCCAUAAGACGGUUGAAUCUUCCAAAUACACAUACGUCUCAGCGUUCACCAGACCCGAUUACGAAACAGCUUGUCCGCCAAGGGAGCCUCUGAAGAACGUCGUGUUUGGGACAAUUUCGGGAGGAGUAUGCACUCCGCUGAAGGUGGCUUCCUCUUCCACGGGAACUGCAGGAGCGUGCGGAGAGGCAGUGUUCGAGGCCAGUAGCGAUGACAGUCCAUCUGGGGUGGGAGGUACAGGCAGCUCUUCAAUAUUUUGGUCUUCCUGGUUGCCUGACGGUUCCAGCGGCCAGAAAGGAACCUGCAACAUGUAUUCCACUGUGCCGACUUGCAUCUUCAAAGUAGAGGGGGCAAUUUCCUUCACUGCGCUGAGCGCUGCUGACCCCAGUCUUGCAAAGGAACCCCCUUCAGAAGCAAUUCUCCCGGGACCGUGCUCCUCUAACCCGUGCAAAAAUGGAGGCACAUGUGAGCUUCCCAGCGGCACGUGUAAGUGCCCUGCUUGCUUCACUGGGGCCAACUGUGAGACCCCGGUGUCAGGGUGUUGCAGCUCGGACGCGGAUUGCAACGGGCAUGGAUCGUGCAAGAGCAACAAGUGCAAGUGCAAUGCGGGAUUCAGUGGCCCGAUGUGUGAAAGUGGAGCUUGUGACACUGUGUCGUGUCUUAACGGCGGCACCUGUCAGAUGCCCAACGGGAUCUGCGUCUGCCCAGAAGGAUUUACGGGGUCCCGCUGCGAAACCAGCGCUUGUGAAAAAGUUGUUUGCGAGAACGGCGGUGAAUGCGAGAUGCCAUCGGGCAAGUGCAAAUGUCCAGCCUGCUUUUCGGGUGAUCACUGUGAGACUGAGAACCCUCGGUGCUGUGAGACAGAUAGCGACUGCAAUGCUCCACAAGGCACGUGUGUGUACAACAGCUGCCAGUGCGCUCCUUCUAUUACUGGAGACAAAUGCGAUAACAGUGGGUGCACUGGGGUUACUUGCUUGAACGGCGGCGUCUGCAACGACUUGACAGGGCACUGCAGGUGUCCCAAGUGUUAUAGCGGGCUCAACUGCGAGAUAUUUGAAAGCAAUUGCUGCGAAUCUGACAGUGACUGCAACGAGCCUAAUGGCGUUUGCAACAGCUCAAACACAUGCGAAUGCGCUCCGGAAUUUCCAGCGCCAAAUUGCAAGGACUUGUGCUCAGCCACGCAAUGCCUCAACGAUGGGAAAUGCGAUCCGACAACUGGCAACUGCACAUGCAUGCCUGGCUGGGGGGGGAAGGACUGCGCUGUACCGGAACCUUGCGGUGAAAGUGGAGAAGUAUGCUCUGGGAACACAGCUUGUGACAGUGAAAAAUUAACCUGCGUUUGCAAGCCUGGUUAUAUAGGCGAGGACUGCACAGAAAUGUCUCCAGAGUGCAGUGACCUCUGCAAAGUUGGGGGCGAUAUCCUACGGGACAGUGAAGGAGAGUGCAGGCUUGAUUGCUACUCAACUUGCUGCAAGCACUUGACGGAAACAUGCAAGGAACAGUCGGACGAGGACAAGGAACAGUGCAUCAGGGACUCACUGGGAGCAACGGAGGAAGAGGCGUGCUGUCUUGCACGAGUCGAAGAGGGCAGUAAUGUAGCUAUGUACGCUGCACUAGGGGUUAUUGCAGCCCUUCUUCUUCUCGGAGGUGCUGGAGGGAUGUACUACAAUAAUAGCAGGGGGCAAUCUGCCUCGAGCGGUCCAUCGGAAAACCCAAUAGAUGAGACAGUAGGGGGAACCGACCGGCCAGCGAGAGCCGAGUCAGCCAUCUCCGUGGACUUCGACGACUACGCAAGUACCCCAGAUGAUGCACCAGGCGACAUUCAUGCGGAAGGUGAAGCAGCGCAAGAUGCAGAAUGGGAUGGUAAGCCUGAUGCCACGCAGGCUUCUUCACCUAGUCCAUAA